ACGCUUUUUUCACAGUGGGUACGUGAAACAUACGUCGACACGAACGAAUAACGGGGUCACCGGCCGUCCUUCUUGAACGUGACGCGCGCGAUUCUUCCAAAAGAUCGGUCGUCAAUCUUGCAUUUCGUUGAUUCGCGCGAGAGAGAAAAAGAUCGCGAGAAGCUGUUCGUCUAGGUGUCGGUAAACGGGAGAGCGAGAGAGAGGGAGAGCAAAAAAGAGAGAAAGACGGAUAUCUGGUGAGCCGUCGUCGUGGGUUAAUAAAUCACUCGUCAGUCAUAUGGCGAGGGAAAAUAGCGAAUCGUCAUAAAUUCCACAUCGCAGUUCCGUUCCGCCUCGUCUGCACUUUCCUACACUUGUCGCCUGUGUGAAAUUAAACCGAAUCGUCUAAUUCGGCUGUCAGCGGAGUACACGAGGCCUCCCAAAGAAGGUGAAGAGAAGUGCAGUCGAGAGGAAUCGGAUCACCGAGAGUCAUUCAUUAGUUAACACACACACGCAGCACGGUCAACGUCGCAUUACCGCAGCUACAAAUAUGUUUAUUUGGGACUGGUUCGCCGGAGUGCUAAAUUAUCUUGGAUUAUGGAAGAAGAGUGGCAAGCUUCUCUUCCUGGGUUUGGAUAACGCGGGUAAAACCACGUUACUUCACAUGCUCAAGGAUGAUCGUUUAGCUCAACAUGUACCCACACUACAUCCAACAUCUGAAGAAUUGUCUAUCGGAAAUAUGAGAUUUACAACCUUUGAUCUCGGGGGUCAUACUCAAGCACGUCGCGUAUGGAAGGAUUAUUUCCCAGCUGUCGACGCGAUAGUAUUCCUUGUCGACGCGAGCGACAGAACAAGAUUACCAGAAUCAAAAGCCGAGCUAGAUGCAUUGUUAACUGACGAGCAACUCAGCGCGUGUCCAGUUCUUGUGCUAGGCAAUAAAAUUGACAAGCCAUCCGCGGCUUCUGAAGAUGAACUCAGAAAUUUCUUUAAUCUGUAUGGACAAACAACAGGAAAGGGUAAAAUUGCUCGUAGCGAGAUACCCGGCCGUCCGCUAGAACUGUUUAUGUGCUCGGUCCUGAAGCGACAGGGAUAUGGAGAAGGCUUCCGUUGGCUUGCACAGUAUAUCGAUUGAACGUAUAUAUUAUUAUACACGUGACAGAUUCUCAACAAUUUCAUACAUUUCCCUUUCCUGUGGUAACGGUACCACUCUACCGGAACUGUAAACCUCACGUGAUUUCAGCAGUAGGAAAGGAAAUACCAUUUCAUCGAAAAAAAAACUAACCAAAAUUCAACACAAUUUUCAACAAAUAGAGACACGAGAUGAAUAUUCUCGAGAACAUUGUAUGCGCGAGGGAUAGGACACGUUUUCUUUCACUGAUGUUUAUACACGAAAAAAUAUCUGGCAAACGUCAUCUCUUUUUCAGAAGAAUACUUCGAGUCCUAUACAGAUUCUAUGGGAAUCUAUCUCAUUUUGCGAGUCACAUUAGGAGAAUGAUCAUUACAUGCUGAAAAAAAGAUUGAAAUAAAAACAUUUUGAUAAAAUAAAACUAAUAAACUAUUUAAGAAUUCCAAAUGUUUUGUAGAUUUAUUUUUGAUGAUUUAUUCUUAGUGACAUUACACUUAAAGAGAAAUAUGUCGUAAUGCAGAGUAAUAUAUUGUAUGCAAUCGUAUGUGUCGCGCAUGGCUUCUGGAAGAUUGAGAGUUUACAGUAUGUAAUUUAUGAAAGUUGUUAGAGUAUGUAAUUUAUAAAAGUUGAUUUAUUAACUGAUACUUUCACAUAAUGCUUUUUAUCUUUUUUUUUCAUUAAUUUAAAUUAUAAUAAUUAUUAGAAUCACUAAAUUACGCUGCUGAAUGCUAUUUUAUAGUUAAUUGCUGGUGUUUACUUUUAUGUUCUAUUUUUACUUAUACAGUCUUGUAUAUUUGUGCCAACAAUUUUGUAUAGUCUUUAAAAUCCAUUAUUCGGGAGAUGUACGAUACGUAUGAAUAAUCUUCCUUUUGGCAAUGAUUAUGAAAAUCUACUAAACUAAUUGAAAUUAUUAGAUAGUACAAUUGUAUCGUUUAUUAGCAAAUUGUGAAAAUCCAUAUCUCAAUUAUAGCUGAUAUAUUGUUUGAUCGGCAUAUAUCAUGCUUAACGUUUCAAAAUCUUUAAUUAUAUAUGGUUUUUAAAUUAAGUUACUGUUACAGGCUGAAAUUAUUCAUAAGUUAUGUAGAUAGCGGGAAAAUUUUGUUAUAAAUUUGUUGGUGGUGAAUCUAGCUUUAUAAAUUCUGGAGUUGCUUCCAAAAUAAAAAUCAAAGUUACAAAA